AUGUGUGGCAACUACUACGGAAACUACUACAGAGGCCUGGGCUAUGGCUGCUGUGGCUACAGAGGCCUGGGCUACGGCUACGGAGGCCUGGGCUGUGGCUACAGAGGCCUGGGCUAUGGCUACGGAGGCCUGGGCUAUGGCUACGGAGGCCUGGGCUAUGGCUACGGAGGCCUGGGCUAUGGCUACGGAGGCCUGGGCUGUGGCUACAGAGGCCUGGGCUGUGGCUAUGGCUGUGGCUAUGGCUAUUACUAUUGA